GGGUGGGCCGAUGCGGCGGCGGGAGGCGGCCUACGGCGGCCGGUGGGGGCCGAGCGGGCGCGGCGUGGGGUGGUGUGGGGCGGCCGGGUCGGGCCGGUGCGGGCGCCAUGGAGUACGUGACGGCCGAGCAGCUGGCCGGCUUCAGCAAGUAUAAGUACAGUGCCGUGGACAGCAACCCUCUGUCUCUGUACGUCAUGCAUCCCUUCUGGAACACCAUAGUGAAGAUCUUCCCUACGUGGCUGGCCCCAAAUCUCAUAACGUUUUCUGGCUUCCUGCUGCUUGUCUUCAACUUCUUCCUCAUGGCAUACUUUGACCCUGACUUUUACGCUUCUGCUCCUGACCACCAGCACGUUCCAAAUGGAGUAUGGGUCGUUGUGGGUCUCCUCAACUUCAUUGCCUACACGUUAGAUGGUGUUGAUGGUAAACAAGCUCGCAGGACCAACUCCAGCACACCCCUAGGAGAGCUUUUUGACCAUGGCCUGGACAGCUGGGCUUGUGUGUACUUCGUUGUGACUGUCUACUCCACCUUUGGCCGGGGCUCCACGGGUGUCAGUGUCUUCGUUCUCUACCUCCUCUUAUGGGUGGUGUUGUUUUCAUUCAUCCUCUCCCAUUGGGAGAAGUAUAACACAGGGAUUCUCUUCCUGCCCUGGGGAUAUGACAUCAGCCAGGUGACCAUUUCAAUUGUCUACAUAGUGACAGCCAUUGUGGGAGUAGAGGCCUGGUAUGCACCUUUCCUGUUUAAUUUCUUAUAUAGAGACCUAUUCACUACAAUGAUUAUUGCUUGUGCUCUCACCGUGACGCUGCCGAUGAGCCUGUAUAACUUCUACAAGGCCUAUAAAAAUAACACCUUGAAGCACCACUCUGUUUACGAGGUCAUGCUGCCACUGGUCUCCCCAGUGUUGCUUUUUGCUCUCUGCACCACUUGGAUCUUUGUUUCACCUAUGGACAUCCUGGAGGUCCAUCCCAGGCUCUUCUAUUUCAUGGUUGGAACCGCCUUCGCUAACAUUUCUUGCCAGCUGAUCGUCUGUCAGAUGAGCAGCACUCGCUGCCAGCCUCUGAACUGGAUGCUGCUGCCCAUAGCCCUGGUGCUCUUCAUGGUGAUGUCUGGGUUUGCACCCAGCAGCGAAACGCUUCUCCUCUACCUGCUAACUGCAUUCCUCACCCUGGCGCACAUCCACUAUGGAGUGGUCGUGGUGAGCCAACUGAGCAGGCACUUCAAUAUACGACCCUUCUCACUAAAGAAACCCACGCCGGAUUGACUAGGAAUGGAGGAAGAGAAAAUCAGCUUGCGGUCUGCAGAAGUACUGUAAAUAUCUGCUGCAAAUACCUGUAUAUAGUUCAACCAUCACCACAGAUCUAAACCUAUCCUCUGGACAGACAUCAGGGCAACGUACACGCGGUAUCUGGUGCAGCCAAGGUGGGACUGGUAUGGGGCAGCCUCUGCUGCUGUUCAACCAACACAAGCCUACGGUUUUGGGUGAAGCUGGACGAGCUUCAGGUCGCCUUCAGGUCACUACUACUGUAUUUCAGACCAGCUGAAUGUUCCCAGUACAACCUCAAUCCCCAGCACUUGUUCAGGUAAAGCCGGUUGGGGAUGCAAAUGGCUUUACCUGAGCAAAGCACCUUGACCUAUCACCAAACCCAGCAUAACAGCUGAUUUCUGCAAGGUCAGGGGGACGUCCUAGUGGUCGAGCUCCUGUCUUUCCCUAACCCUCUUAGCCUUCGUCCUGGGCUGGUACUUAAGGAGCAGAUGGUGACAGUUCUCUCACAUUCUGUCCUGCCUUCUUGCACUCAUUUAUUUGGACAAAUGCUUGCACCUUUUUUUUCUUUUUAAGUUAAAACCACACAAAACUUACAGUAAUGUUUUACUUAGGGGGCUUAGGAGUCGGAGCUCAAAGGAACAUAAAAGUGGGAAGGCAGCUUGCUUCUCCCUUGCCCAAGUGGUGGGUACUGGGACCACAUUGCAGCUGUCUUUGUGCAUUCCCUGCCUGCGAGCUGGGCUUUCUGAUGGCAGCAAAACGUGGCUUACAUCAGCCUGUGCAACACAGAGCCAAACCCUUCCUUCCAGGGUGAUGAACUUGCUGCUCAGGGUUGGCUCUGCUGGGUCCCUGAGCCUCUCCUUCCAUAGCGGUGCAGCCAGGCUGCACAUCGCCCUUCCACCAGAUCACUGACAGCAGCAAAUCCACAGCUUGGAGAAGCACCUUAAUGUGUGUCGUGUUGGUUCUGUGUGCACUUUCAGGAAGCUCACAGGUGUGUGUGUGUGUGUGUGUGUGUGGUGACUUUCCAAACAUCACUUUUGUUUUCAAGCUCGUUGUCCUCAGCAGCUGCAUGUCUCAUCCAGGGAUAUCUUCGUUUACUGUCCAUUUGUAAAAGACAUGUUUGCAUUGAUUUUUUUUUUUUAAGGAAAACACCAUUUUUAUAAUUGAGUUAAUUGAGUGGGGUGGUGAAGACCGAACGCUGAUUUUUCUUUCCUGUUCAAUUUAUUUAAUGAAGAUCUGUGCUUGAAUGAAGAGUGUAGCUUAAACCCAGGCUCUGGAAAGGCUGCAUCCGGAAGCAAACAAGCACAGCAGAUUGUGCAUAUGUAAUCUAUCAUGGGAACAAAGUCUCUUACACACUGAUCAUUGUGUGGCAUGGUUCGUGGACACCCAGUCACAGCAUUUUUCCUUCUGCAGGUGGAGUCCCUUCUUCCUGCCUUAGGGAACCUUCAAACUGUAAUUACUAUUUAAUGCUUUUUAUUUUUUUUUUGGUGUGUUUUUUUUUGUUUUGUUUUGUUUUGUUCUGUGUGUGUGAAUUUGAAUCAUUGUCAUGCAGACUUGAAACCCCGAGGCAGCACCCGGCGGUCGGUCUGUCUGUGUGUCUGUCUGGCUCCGUGUCUGCGAAGGCGGCUCGCCUGGGAGAGGGGGGCAAACGGUUUUCAGAGUCCUUAAAUAAAGUAGCAUACACGGUAUAUCCUACUGACAUUGUACAGAAUUUAAUAACAAACCCCAAACACCCGAAGUGCACAGAAAGAAUUGGGCCGUGCUGGAAUUUUUGAUGGAGAAUGCAACGAAAUACAAUCAUGGAGGGAGAGCAGUGUAAGCCGUGCUCUCGCCCAAGGGAUCGGUGGGAUGGGCUGUGUUCAGGUAGCAGCACUGUGCUGGCAGCACGGGGCAGAAGUGGCAGUUGGAUGGUUGAUUUUCUGGAGCUCGUGUUACUUGGGCUCUUCUCUCGUGCUGUCGGAUGUCCCACCUCACCCUUGGGAUGUCACUUUGUCUCCUUAGCACCUAUGCAGCGUCCGUUGGCUGUGAGCUGCUUGCAGCCCAUGAGAACAACAAAAUUGAAGUUACAAAUACAUGGGAGCAGGGCUUCCUCUCUUAAAAUCCUGCAGCUGCGUGUUGUGCUGGAGGAGAAAGAUGCCUCUGAAAAACUGGAACCACUUCCUAUCUGCACAGGCUUUAUCUUUUGGAGAGUCCUGGAUUUUCGGUGCCUUAACGUGAUGCACCUUGAAGCUAGAAAAAAUAUCUGCUCAAAUCAGUGCUGGAAAGCAGGCUGGCUCAUCUCUGCUGCUGCUGCCAGGCUUGUGGCAAAGCCAGGUGAGAGCAGCCCUGGUCUCAGUGUACGUCCAGUGCCGUUUCCAACUCGUGCUGCUGUGAAGCUGGGUGGGUUUCUGUCUGAGCUGUUGGAAAUGAUGUUGAUUUGCUGAUCCCAGCUUCUUGGGGGAGCGGAAACACUUGAAUGGGGAAGACCAAACCAUCUCCCCAUGGUGGGGUGUGGCAUGCGGAGAAACGAAUUAUUUAUUAAUAAGAAUGGUUUUAAGUCUUAAAAAUAAAUUUAUUCCUUGC